UACAUAUUGAUGUCUCGGUAUUAAAGUUGCUUCCAUUUAGUUCUGAAAUUAUACCGUUUCGCAUAAUUUUAUUACUGAUACGGUAAAAUGUUAAUCCUGAGUUAUUUCUGCAUGAUGUUGCUACUUUGGCCUGGUACAUAUUAUUUUAAUACUAGAUUUCUAAGAGUGCACACAACCACGUAGUAAUAGUAUACGCAAACAUUUAUUGUUAAUAUAAAAACUCUGAUAACACCCCAGAAUUUGAUGUCAAUUGUAUACGUACACAAAAUCCUGGCACUUUACCAAGGAGAAUUCGGCACCUAUGUAUGUCUCAGUCGGAAUUGUGUCCCACAUGGCUCCAGUCACACCAAAAGUUUGCUGAAAAUUUCACACUAAAAAAUGAAUACUUCCACUAAAACGAGAUUCCGCGUAACACAAAACACUGCGAUUCCUUUCAGCCGCGACGAGCGAAAAGCCAUGAGAUUACCCAAUUUUGAAAACUUUCCCCUUUUCACAGAACUCAACUGCGCCAGAGUUCUUAAGUCGACCCCAUUAUCUGACAAGACUACCCUCGUCGAACGAAAUGGCUUGGUCGACACGGUCCUGAAAUGUUACAACCACCACAAAAACCUCAUCCUCCGCCCGGACGACGUUUGGAUCGCGAUCAUGACGCAGUUCUCUUUCUACGUGAAUAAAAACGCGGAAAAGUUACGCACCUCGUUUGUCGACUUUGAGGGGAAGAAAACCCUAAAAGUCGACAUGGGCAUCGCAACCAUUGAUACGAUUCGAUACGACGAAUUUGUCAAGCUCAUGGGAAAAACGGUCGACCUCAAUUUGACCGAUUGUGUAGUCAAGGACUGGAUUCUACCCACUUUUUCCACCACGACGGUAAACGACGUCAUCUCGUGUGGCGUCAUUUUCAUGGCGACGAUGAAAAAAUAUUUCGAAUAUAUUUGCCAGUAUACGUUAUGCGGUAUACCGGAAGUAGUUUUGGAGGGGAGUAUCGCCGAUUGGAUGGAGAUUGAUAAGCGGAUCGAUAAGUUGAUGGAAUUCGACGGGUUGGGAGAGUGGUGGGCCAUGCUGAAGGAGAUUACCCAACAGUUUAUUACCGCUAAGGAGGGCAAAGUAGAUACGAAAUGGUGGGAAAAGAUUUGUGAUGUUGAAUAUUAUCAUGGGCAAAUGUCGGGGGAUGUGGAUAAGACGUGGAUCACGGGAUGGAUAACUGCAUUUUGUUAUUUUGAUGAGGAAGGAAAUGUGCUAAAUUACAAGAAGUUGGAGAUUCAAGACAUUCCUCUGAGCUAUGUGAAAGUGGACGUCAUCCUGGAAGAAAAAUUAUCCAAGAAACGCGACCCCACCGUCAUGUUUGCAGGCUUGGUGGGGAUGGAGUGGGAGGAGGAUGGAGCAAGUUUUAGACCUUCGGUGGGGUGGGCCAUAGCUUUGCGACAUAGAAAUAAUUUACUCGUGCCCCAUGAACAGUUUGAAAUUGCCCAUUAAAUGGUGUUAAUUUAUCAUAGUAGUUGAUUUUGUCUUUACGUAAUUUUUUCUCGUCCCCCAAUUAAACUUAAAUUGUCACUUAAUUCAUUUAUGUACAACAGAAACAAUUUUUUUCGGGCAACUGAUAAAACUGAUAA